GAGGCAGCACCGUGUGUAUAAACCCGCCCUCAAAAAAAAAGAAAGAUUGCGUUUCCCCAAAUCCUCUCUCUCUACCCGCUUUUCCUUUCUUUUCUUUCCUUUUAAUUUUCCAAAACUCUGCUUUUAUUAACUUCAAAAUAUGACUUUUAUGCCGAGCUAUUUGUUACUGCUAUCAGGUCUCCGCGUUUUACUUACGGUUAAUUUGGAUGUGGAAACAAGUAACUUCAUUGACCUAAGCGCCCCAGAAGUAAUCGACUACAAAGAUCCCUGCAAAGCUGCUGCCUUCCUGGGAGACAUUGCUUUGGAUGAGGAAGACCUGCGUAUGUUUAAGGUGGACCGCAUUCUGGAUGUUAUUCAGAGGUCCAUCCAGACCUUCAACGGCACAGAUGCAGUGAAUGGUUCGUUGUCCAGUAAGAGCAGUAGGAAUGACAUGUCUCCAGAAAGCCAUGGGCAGGGCUUUCAUCGCAGGAGGAGGGCUGCCACCUCCAGACCAGAGCGGGUGUGGCCAGAUGGGGUCAUUCCAUAUGUAAUCAGUGGGAAUUUCAGUGGCAGCCAACGAGCGAUAUUCCGUCAGGCCAUGCGUCACUGGGAGAAGCACACGUGCGUGACCUUCAUUGAGAGGACAACGGAGGAGAGCUACAUAGUCUUCACUUACCGGCCGUGCGGGUGUUGCUCCUACGUGGGCAGGAGGGGCGGAGGUCCCCAGGCCAUCUCCAUAGGAAAGAACUGUGACAAGUUUGGGAUCGUUGUGCAUGAACUGGGCCACGUGAUCGGCUUCUGGCACGAGCAUACACGGCCCGACCGCGAUGAGCAUGUCAGUAUUAUCAGAGAUAACAUCCAGGCAGGUCAAGAGUAUAACUUCCUGAAGAUGGAGCCAGGGGAGGUGGACUCUCUUGGGGAAGUGUACGACUUUGACAGCAUCAUGCAUUACGCACGGAAUACCUUUUCAAGAGGCAUUUUCUUAGACACCAUUCUACCUCGCUAUGAUGUAAAUGGAGUCAGGCCACCCAUUGGCCAGAGGACAAGGCUGAGCAAAGGGGACAUCACACAAGCUCGCAAACUCUACAAGUGUACAAGGUGUGGGGACAGCCUACAGGACAGUAGUGGAAACUUCUCCUCUCCUGGUUAUCCCAAUGGAUAUGCAGCCUAUGUCCACUGUAUCUGGAGGAUCUCUGUCACACCUGGAGAGAAGAUAAUUCUGAACAUUACUGCUAUGGACCUCUACAGGAGUCACUUGUGCUGGUAUGACCAUGUGGAGGUCCGAGACGGGUUCGGGAGAAAAGCCCCUCUGAAAGGCCGUUACUGUGGGGACAGUCUACCUGGCCCUAUCGUUUCCACGGAUAGUCGGCUAUGGAUAGAGUUCAGGAGCAGCAGCAAUUGGGUGGGCAAGGGCUUCUCAGCCGUGUAUGAAGCCAUCUGUGGGGGAGAGGUGAACAGGGACAAUGGCCAGAUCCAGUCACCCAACUACCCUGACGACUACCGACCCAACAAAGUGUGCGUGUGGAAGAUCACAGUAGCACAGGAUUUCCAUGUGGGCCUCUCCUUCCAGUCAUUUGAGAUUGAGAGGCAUGACAGCUGUGCUUAUGACUACCUGGAAGUGAGAGAUGGGAACUCAGAGAGCAGUCCACUGCUGGGCCGCUUCUGUGGCCAUGACAAACCAGACGACAUCAAGACCAGCUCCAACCAGCUUUGGAUGAAAUUUGUGUCUGAUGGAUCAGUGAACAAGGCUGGAUUUGCUGCCACCUUUUUCAAAGAGAUGGACGAGUGUUGUAAGCCUGAUAAUGGGCGCUGUGAGCAGCGCUGUGUGAAUACCCUGGGCAGCUACCGAUGUGCCUGUGACCCUGGCUUUGAGCUCGCCUCAGACAGACGCAGCUGUGAGGCAGCUGCGUGUGGAGGCUUCAUUACCAAGCUUAAUGGCUCCAUCAACACCCCCGGCUGGCCCAAAGAAUACCCCCCCAACAAGAACUGUGUUUGGCAGCUGGUGGCCCCCACACAUUACCACAUCACCCUGCUGUUUGAUGUCUUUGAGACCGAGGGCAACGAUGUGUGUAAAUAUGAUUAUGUGGAGGUGAGGAGUGGACUGACCGCUGACUCCAGGCUUCAUGGGAAGUUUUGUGGAACUGAGAAACCAGAAACCGUCACCUCCCAAUACAACAACAUGCGCAUUGAGUUCAAAUCAGACAACACAGUGUCAAAGAAAGGCUUCAAAGCCCAAUUCUUCUCUGACAAGGACGAGUGCUCUAAGGAGAACGGAGGCUGCCAACAAGAGUGUGUCAAUACCUUCGGGAGCUACAGUUGUCAGUGUCGUAGUGGCUUUGUGCUGCAUGACAAUAAACAUGACUGCAAGGAAGCUGGCUGUGAUCAUGUGGUGAGCAUUGUGUUAGGCACCAUCACCAGCCCCAACUGGCCUGACAAAUACCCCAGCAAGAAGGCCUGUACCUGGGCCCUCUCCACCACCCCAGGCCACCGCAUCAAAAUCGUUUUCAAUGAGAUCGACAUGGAGGCUCACCUGGAGUGUGCCUACGACCACCUGGAGAUCUACGAUGGGCAGGAUGGCCAGGCCCCCAGUCUGGGACGCUUCUGUGGCAUCAAGAAACCCUCGCCAGUCAUCUCCAGCGGCAAUGAGAUGUUUAUGCGCUUCUUCUCUGAUAACUCAGUCCAGAAGAGAGGCUUUGAGGCUUCACACAGUGCAGGUCUGGUCAAUCCACUGCCAUAACCUAUUUAAGAUAUUGAUAAUAAAUGUUACGUACGCCUCUUGGAGGAUGGAACGCAUCAACCUGCUACAUCUCAACUCCCAGUGAAGUGAAAAAGUAUGUGAUUGUAGGUGCUGGGAAGGACGACAGAGGCAGAGAAAAAUACCAUUUACAGGGAAAUUAAUAUUCCUUAACACAGUAAAAUGGGGAAAGGGGGCUGGACGGAACCAAAGCAAAGAAAGUAAAAUUAAGGAGUCCCCUCCUACCUUACCACUUCUUACCUAACCUUUAGCACCACCCGGCACGCUAACCAAAAUACAUGGGGUGGUCCACCCAGGUCUUGCAUAGUGUGCAUUGACAGAUUAAAUACUAUGGGUUAUGUAUGCCCGUAUGCCUCUUGCCCAAAUACUCCCAAGUGCGUUCCUCUUCCCUGGAAACAAAUUAAACUGAAUCAUUUACGUGAACAAUUUCAAUUAACCAAAAACACUAAGUCCUUUUGGCAUACACAAACCUCUGAAGGAGUGGCUACAAAAUAAUAACCAAACUUUCACUGACCAACAACCAACACAGGACAUAAAAAUAAGCUCUCCUCCCUGAGGGAGGAACACUGGCUUUUAUCAAGCUGGAGAAGGCAUUCUUAAUUGAAGAGACAGCUGUUUCCCCUGAUGAGGUGGAGGGGUCAGAGCUCCAAUCAGCGAUGGGGUCGACCAAUCAGCUGCUUUAGGAUUCCAGGAAGCCAUUUCCUGAAUUAUACACACAUACAAACCCACAACACAGAAACUGGGGAGCGUAACAAUAAUAAUAAUCCAUUAACUCCAGCAGACCAGUUAAGUGGUAUUCAUUCAUCUUACCAAGGCCUUUGAUCCAGUUGGGACUAAUUUUGUCCCUCAGAUCAAUCAAAAAGGCUUACUUUUUCCCAAAGACAACUCUAAUUACUGGGAGGUUGAAAAGGAUGUGCAACAAGGAUUUGAUCAUGGGACCAUUGUUUACCUCCAUCAUUAAUGAUUAUCUCUCUGUGUCUACUGAUGCAAAUGUAUUCUCGUAUGCUGAUGUCAAUGUCUCUGGUUUUUGAUUCUCAUCUUGUCUUGGUAUUAUAUUAUCCCUAACGUACAGUACAUUAUGUUUGUAAUGUGUGAUUCAGCAGGCAGCUUGACAACAUCUACAUUUUUUGUCAGGACCCAAAAUAAUGAGAUAUGAAUUCAUUGGUAUGAUGACAAUGCCCAUGUUGCCACCUGGGUUUGUGGUUUUUGGUCUCUUUCAACAAAGAAAUCAAAGGGACAACAGGUCAGCUUUUUCAGAUGGGUAUAAUGUUAUAGAAUCCCACAUGGAAUGUAGAGGAGAAACACUGCCUUUCAGAGAAUUAUUUGUUGAUAAAUUGGACAUUCCAUAUCUCAAUGAGUUCCUUCUCUGAGGCUCUGUCUCUUUUUUUGUGGCUGUGAGUUCUCAGAAUGUGGAGGAAGCCUGAAAGCUGAGGUCAAGACCAAAGAUCUUUAUUCGCACGCCCAAUUUGGGGAUAACAACUACCCAGGGGCGUCUGACUGCCAGUGGGUGGUAUCCGCUGAGAAGGGCUAUGGAGUAGAGCUCAUC